UUAAAAGAGCCAGAGUCGUAAAAGAGACGGCCACCGGUUGCCGCUGAAUGCGGAGGAGGCACUUUUAUAUGUGAAUGCGGAUAUUGGCGUUUCUCACACGCCGCGCCCGCCCCGCUGUCGGUGGCCUCCGAGACGGUGACAGCUCCGCUCUUGGGGCCGCACGGGGAGCGAGGAAGGCGAUCUUUCAGUGAGCCUCUUGCAGGCGCUGCGACUCUGCCCGUGAAGCCCACGGGCCCGUGCCGCUCACGCGCAGCCGUGGGGGACAGGGAGUGAGGGGCCGAUGCCGUAAAGCGCGGACGAUGUCGGGGCGGGCGGGCCCCGUGGCGCCGCCGCCGUUCGAGAAGCGGGUCCUGGUGACGGGCGGCGCCGGCUUCAUUGCUUCACAUGUAGUCGUCUCUCUUGUGAAAAACUAUCCAAACUAUCUGAUUAUAAAUCUGGAUAAGCUCGACUACUGUGCAAGCUUGAAGAAUCUUGAAACUGUCUCUGGGAAGGAAAACUACAAGUUUAUCCAGGGGGAUAUUUGUGAACCUGAUUUUAUAAAGCAGCUCUUUGAAACUGAGAAAAUAGAUAUAGUGCUUCAUUUUGCAGCCCAAACACAUGUAGAUCUUUCAUUUUGGCAUGCCCUGGAAUUCACCUACGUGAAUGUUUAUGGCACCAAUGUGCUGGUUGCUGCUGCACAUGAAGCCAAUGUGGAGAAAUUUGUCUAUGUUAGUACAGAUGAAGUAUAUGGAGGUAGCACUGGUGAGGAAUUUGAUGAGUCCUCACCAAAACGUCCAACAAAUCCCUAUGCCUCCUCUAAAGCAGCUGCAGAGUGUUUUGUGCAGUCUUACUGGGAAAGGUACCAAUUCCCAGUUGUCAUCACACGGAGCAGUAAUGUUUAUGGACCACAUCAGUAUCCAGAAAAGGUUAUUCCAAAGUUUAUAUCUUUGUUGCAGCAGAACAGAAAAUGCUGUAUUCAUGGUUCUGGACUUCAGAGAAGGAAUUUCCUUUAUGCAACUGAUGUAGUAGAAGCAUUCCUUACUGUCCUGAAGGAGGGGAAACCAGGUGAAAUUUAUAACAUUGGAACUAACUUUGAGAUGUCCAUUGCCCAGCUUGCUAAGGAGCUAAUUCAUUUAAUAAAGAAGACCAGUUCAGAGUCUGAAAUGGAACACUGGAUGGAUUAUGUCAAAGACAGCAACAAUGAAUCUCUGCUUACUUUAGAUAUCACUCUCUCCAGAGUGAUUAGAAAUGAUGUGUCUGCUGAUAGCAGGCCUACAAAUGACCUCAGAUACCCAAUGAGUUCGGAAAAAAUGCACAAUUUAGGCUGGAGACCCAAAGUGCCUUGGAAAGAAGGAAUAAUGAAAACAAUUGAAUGGUACAGAGACAAUUUCCACAACUGGAAAAACUCAGAGAAAGCUUUGGAGCCCUUUCCUGUGACAGACCCAUUUGCCCAGCUCAGUGGUCCAUAGCCUGGCACAGAACCUGAAGGAGUUUCUUCUACCUCAUAUGGUCUUUUCUUCAAAGCCUGCAAUCAAGUGGCCACACUGCGCUCUUAAUGUAUUCAAGAUACAUGAACCAUGAUGAGUAAAGAACCACAGUGUGGCACAGCUUUGGAAUGGUUUCGGCACUUUAUAGGUUGAACCUCUUAGUUUCAGCUUUCGGUGCAAUACUCUAUUCUCACAAAGUAUUGAUUUUAAAAAACUGUAUGGAGUGAAGAAUAUUUAUAAUGUUAUAAAUUAAUGUACUGAAGUAAAAUCUGCCUUAUUAAGAAUAAUUAACUGUGAUUGCAGCUUUUGAGACUUGGAGUUAAAUUUGUUUUAGUACUGGAAUUAUUCAUCUGUAUUAGUUUGUUUUUACAGUGUAAUAUAUAUAAUUUUUGUCACUUCGAAGAAUUGGGUUUUAUUUUUAAUCAAGGGGAGAAAUUACCUAUUUUUUGGAGACUAUAAAUUGACAAAAGCUGGACACAGCACCUGUAUGGUUCCGUCCAUUUCUCUGCUGGUGCACUUUUAGCUUUUGUAGUUGACUGAUUACACUUACCUACACUAUAACUUUAAAUGCCCCUUUUAAGGGGAACAAGGGGGGAAUGAUGUCGAGAAGUAGAAGUAUUUCCUUAAACUUUGUACUCCUUUGACUGUAUUACUGUCUAUUACAUGUUAACUCCUUUUUCUUAGUUGUAAUUGUAACAAACUUGAAAUACUGGAAUACAGUUAACAUUCCAAUGAUCUUAUCUCCUGUGAUAUGAAGGCUACUUAUGGAGGAAAUUUUUUAAAACUCUUCAUUUUCUGUGAAUUGUGGGUUGGCAGACCUUAAUCAAUGCAGUGUAUCAUCAUUUUUUCUAUAAUAAACAUUUGAAAGAUAAAACAGUAUUUGAGUUUUAAUAGAAAAGUUGGAAAAAAACUCUGUAAUUCUAGAAAUCUGUCAAGGAAUCUUGUUCACAGUUGAUUUAAUAAUAAAUAUUAUGGUGUGACUGGUUUCUCUUAAUUAAGAAGAGCAUGCUAUAAAAGUACAUGGUGGGUUUUUUUUUUAAAAAUAAUUUCUUAGCUCUUCCUGUAUCCUGAAAAAAUUAUCUUCACUUUUUUGUCUUUGAGGUGAUCUGGCAAACAUAAAAAGGACCACAGUUCUUGGUUUUGUCACUUCAGCUUCUGUAAUUGGCCAGUCCCUGCCCUGAUCAUGUGUGGCCCUUGGGCAGAGCUGCAAGUGGCACAGGACUGGGAUGCUGUGGGAACUCAGAAAAAGCUGUGACUCCUAAAGGGCCUCAGAAACUGGGAGAUAGCUCCUGAAACACAAGUGUUCCCAACUUCAUCACACAUCUUGUGGUGCAUGGUGCUGUUGGUAAAGUGCCACUUGUGGCUGGCAAGAGUCACUCUAAUAAAAGAAGGCUAACCAGGAAGUUUCUAGGCUUACUGCAGUGCCAAGUAUGGGUUUUAGAGUCUAGGGGCCUGUUUUUGAAGGAGAGUUUUCUGUGACACAGUGGGAUAAUGAUAGUAGAAUUGUGUGGCAGUUACUGAUGCUUGAUUUGGAAGUAAAAGCUUCCAUUUGGGACAGAUAGAAGUUACAGGAUUUCAUAUGUAACGAUCUGUUGCAUACUUGGCUUACCACAUGUGUUUCUAUGGAUGAAUCACUGAAAUGUCGUUGUCAAAUGCGCAUUGCUGACUAAAUUCAAAGAUUUCCUUAAUUUUUGUGCUUUUCCUGUUUCCUUACAAAGUGCAUCCUUCCUUACAAUAUCCAUCUUACUGUUCUGUAUUUUGUACAAGUCAGUACCAGAAAUAGCUAAAGUGCUGGAAAGAUCUGUCUUAGCUGUAUUUGUCAUUGCUGUGACAGCUGCUUUGAGUGGGUUGUAUGAAAAUAAGAUUCUUUCACAUCUCCUUAUACUGGAAUACUGGCUGUGUUGCCAGUACUCUGUUAUUAAGAGUAGAGAUUACAGAUAACUAAAAUCUUACAAUUUUAAACAUGUAUAAACCUUAAAAAUAUUUUAAACCUUUGAAAAUAGCUACAGUGUCUUGGAACACUAAAAACAGUGUUAUCAGAAAUACACAGAAGAAAGCAGUAGGGAGUGAUUAGUUUAUUGAACAGAACUUUUGAAAGUUGUUCUUAAUGUAUAGAUGCUGAAGAUGCAAGCAUUGAUAUUUGUAUGACUAUCCAAAGAAGUUGUAUUACCUGGGGUGGAUUUUCAAUAGGUUCUAUUAAUUUUUUAGUGAUGGCUGUUCUAGUUUAUUUAAAUGUUUUUGAAGAUUUAAUUUAUCCAAGUGUUUGAGACUUUUAUCUUAGUGUUAUUACUUGUAUAUAUAUAAAUAAAUGCACAUUUUAAAAUAUUGAAAUUUAUGUAUUUAAGAAAUGUAUGAGGUUUUUGCUUUGAGCUACUUUGAUGUACAGCAGAUUUUCUUUGCAGCUGAGUGAUCUGGUAGGAGCAUUUCUUUCACAAGGAAAAGUAUUUUCUGUUGUAGAAAACAGCUUAUUUUGCCAUUAGCCUUCUGUCUUCUGUAGGAAGAAAA